AAAAAGGAGUAUUUGAGGAUUCUAAAUGGUGUUUGGGGGCUUCUAGAAUAGGGUAGAAGCAUUUGAUUGAGCUUGAGUGUGUUAGAUAAGGUUGACAUUGUACUUUUACACGUUUACAGUGGUGGGCCCAUAUUUUGAUAUUGAUGUUCAGAGCGAGGGAACCAGGGAACGUUGGUUGGGUUUUGCUUAUUUAAAUCGAAAUUGCUAGGAAAAAUGGCACUCCAUCUAGCUGCUAAAUCCCUGUUGAGACGCUUGGGCCCUCUACCCGCUUGUUCCAUUGUCGCUGCUGCUUCCUUACGUCCUCCAAUUCGCUCGAUGGCUGCUUCCGCUUCUCCCCAAUUCGAGAAAGUUCAGAUUCAAAGGGAUGACACUGCAUUUGAUGCUUAUGUGGUCGGCCAAGGUGAUGCACCUGGUAUAGUGGUUUUGCAGGAAUGGUGGGGAGUUGAUUUUGAGAUAAAAAACCAUGCUGCAAAAAUUGCUAAAAUGGGUCCUGGUUAUAAGGCUUUAAUUCCAGAUUUGUACCGUGGAAAGGUUGGUUUAGAUGCUGCCGAAGCACAACAUCUGAUGGAUGUUCUUGAUUGGCAAGGUGCUGUCAAGGACAUAAGUGCUUCUGUUAACUGGCUCAAGGCAAAUGGCUCACAGAAGGUGGGAGUGACGGGGUAUUGCAUGGGCGGGGCUCUCUCUAUUGCAAGUGCUGUUCUAGUACCUGACAUCGAUGCUGUUGUAGCAUUCUACGGUGUUCCUUCUCCCCAGCUUGCAGAUCCCUCCUCUGCUAAGGCACCAGUGCAGGCUCAUUUUGGGGAACUGGAUAAUUUUGUUGGUUUUUCUGAUGUCACAGCUGCCAAGUCUCUGGAGGAGAAACUGAAAUCAAGUGGAGUUCCUUAUGAGGUUCAUAUAUAUCCAGGCUGUGCCCAUGCAUUCAUGACCACUUCUCCCGAGGGUGUCAAGAGGAGGCAAGGGAUGGGGCUGACUGAUCACAAUGAGGAGGCCGUACAUACGGCUUGGUCUCGAUUUGAAACAUGGAUGGGCAAAUAUUUGUCCCCAUGACUGCGUGCAUAUUUUCCAUGCUUGGAAACUAGACUAUUGAGUUAUGCGAGGUGGUCCUUAUUAUGUUUGGAAGCUUGGUAGUUUCCCUUGGAUGCGGUGCCCCUCAUUACUGAGUACUCAUAAAAGAAAUGGUGUGCUACGGUAUUAGUAUUUCUUAUGUUAAAGUUGAGUAUUGUAUCAACUAAAGAUUGACUGACAUGUUUAAGUAUCUAUUAUAUAUUAAUUAAGCUAUAAUU